GAGCUCGCAGAAAUAAAGGACGUUGCUGUUUCAUGCAAAAAGCAACUGUCGUCGUGUAAAAGUUUGGACUUUCCGUCGUUUCGCCGAGGGAGGGACUUCGUUGCUUGCGUGAACUACUCCUUUCAGUAAACUCGGGAAAAGUCUGAAGCACACGUCGAGGGGGGUCUGGCAAAGCAGCGGCCUGCCCGUAAGACCGUGGUUAUCCGCGAUAAAUCUGGAAACAACGAGAACGACAGAAACGAUUACAAGAAGCAGUGGUCCUCCUCGUCCUUUCCGUCUGUGUAUCAAGUGAAUUUUUUUCGAAUUUCAAGAAUGUUAAGCGAGAGGCUGUGUCUUCGUCAGCGGCAAGACCCACCGCCGCGUGUCUCUCGCGGCUACUUUGGGGUUGCAACCGACCUUCUGAAAAUGUUUAUCAAGAGAAGUCCCAUGUGUACACUUAGCGAUAUCGGCUUGCAUGCUUGAACGCCUGUCUCGGCUGAGCGGUUCUAUCUUCACAUCCAUCGCCGGCCUGCGUUGUAAUCCGACUCGCACACUUGUUCCCUGCCCUCUGCGUUCUGAAUCGUUUCUUCGCGGAGCUCUUCCCACUUCAAAAGAGAACCUUAGGGCCUCUCUUCGUGCGUACCCUCUACGCUUCGGCGCCGCAUGUAUCUGCAAGCAGCUCGGUUCCCGCAAUGUGUUCCUUGAGAGGGUGGUGGCUACUGGAAGUCGCCGAUGAGGCGGCCCCGGUGUUCUUUUAUUCCGCAGACCAAACCUAUUUCGAGGACGGGAGUUUUCGAAGAAGGCGCGAGCAGCCUGGAGGUGCCUCUCCGGGACCUUUGCCGUCGGGAAGAGUUGCUUCGGCUCCUGCAACAGGAUCGGUAACUGGAGGCUCUGGAGAGCUUGAGGCCACUCCAAGGAGAUCGAGAACUGUUACAGAGAGCAUUUGUGAUGAGGAAAAAGGUAGAAACUUGCAUGCGGUUCGUGUCCUACUCUCCCGACGCUAUGCCACAGUCGAUGAGAGGUGGCGGAAACUGGCGGGUCCGGGGUACGUGCCUCUGCCGUCCGACGAGGAACUUCGGCAAGCCUUCGAAACGCAGCUUUUGUACGAGCCGGAAGACGAUGCGUGGAGGUGCUGUGCAUGCUGUUCGACAGCGAGCGGCGGUGAGAGAGGUUCGUCGCUUCUUUCCUCUCCGUCUGUCUCGAGCUGUCAGGCGCAUACGGCGUCAGGGAGCCCCCCCGAGUCUCCGUUUCACGUGGAGGGAGAGCGACCAACAGCUGACAGCUGUGUUCUUCACUCAGAAGACGCCGAGAACGAAGACGGCAUUUUCGAAAACAAUCCGUCCUUCUAUUACGACUUGUAUCAGGAGAGGUACUUUGAGGAACCCACAUGGCCCUGUGGCCCGACGGCGAUGCUGGUUCUUCCUUCUCGUGCUUCCGACUCUUCUCCCCCUCUCCCAGGUGGACGGGGCUCUCCUUCGCUUCCUGGGCGAAGCUGUUCUUCCUGGGAUAAUGCGCCCUCUCCGUCCCCUCACAGUCACCGCCUUUCAGAUCCAGGGCGCUGUGAGAGGGGGCUUUGUUGUGGAUCGUGUAGGAAGAGGCCCGAAAGAUCUCAGAGAAAGUCUCCGUUUUCUUUGUCGGACGAAGCAGGCGCCAGAGGCGUCUGUUCUCUCCCGUACCGCACGGCCCCUCAAAGAGACGCCCUUUCCGGAUACCCGUCUCCCUCAGCCUGUCCUCCGUCUCCGCCCAGAACGGGCCACGGUCUCCCUGUGAACAGUCCCCUCUUCUCGAUUCUGUGGCCCGUCGUCUUUGUCCGCAAGGAGAUACCUGCGUCCCCGACGGAGACAGAUUCGCUCGCCCUUUCUGGAGCCGGCAAACCAAGUGCCGCCGAGUUGACCGGGACCCUUGCGGUCCGGCGACAGACCUCCGCUUUUACUGGCGGGACACCUGUCCCGGCGGCCCUCCUGCGCCCAACUAGCGCCCGCAACAGGCUCGAGCUCGCCGCAGCGGGUCCAAACGGCCAGCAGGCUGAAGACCUCGAAGAUGCGCUCUCGGCGGGCUUUCCGGUCGCCGGAUCGAGACAGGGACAGAGCGGCAGAGUGAUUGUCGCCUUAGCAGCUCUGGCGAUCGACGACGCUUUGGAAGUCGACUCUCUUCACCCGGCAACUGCACGCAGUUUCGGCUUGCCUCAGGUUACUGCAGCUUUCCACGUCCUAGACCAUGUGAUCGAUCUGUACCUUUCGUUUUCGCUGGCGUUUCCUUCUCCACCACUCGCGACGGAUCCGGCUGCGUCACCAGUCAGUGGCGCGUCGAAACGGCGUGACGCUUCCCCGCCACGGGCCUCGGCCGCCCCUCCGUAUGGCUCGCCGCCGUCUCUUCCCCACACGGCUCCAGAUGUCUCCGCACACUGGCCCCGGCAGAGGCCUUUCGGGCCCUCAAGAGGAGACAGUUCGGCGGAGGGCGGCUGUGGAGCUCACGGCCGGCAGCCUGCCUUGCCCUUUCUGACCGCCCUGCAGCUCGCUCUUCCCUUUGGGCGCCCGAAGCUGACGUCUCCAACUCUGCUCCAGCACGCAUACGAGAGUGUCUCCUCGCUGCCAGUCUCCUACUCGUUCUUGCCGCCUCGGGCGCCGCGAGAGACGACCCGCCGGAAAGCGGGGGCAAGGGGCCUUUCGAGAGACAGUUUCGACGACGCGAGCGACUGCAGUCGCGGCGUGGCUGAGGAGGCGCGGGCAUCGUCGGGGCGAAGGAGACGCCGGUCUGAGGGGAGACGUAGGAAAGGAGACAUGUUCGAAGACGACCCGCAACUAUCUCUGGUGCCGCCGAGGCCUCCGGGUCCAACAGGCCCUGCUCAGUCUCUUGCACAGCUGAGAGAGACGAAAAUGAGAAAGUAUCUCCAGUCUCUCUCCCCGGACUUUUCCACUCUCGACUCCGCGGAACUGCCGGCGGCCUCCGCAGAUCUACGAGCGCUUCAGCUCCGGCACUGGCGCCGCCAGCUGGAGGCGCAGCGCGAGUCUCUUUCGAGAUGUUCGUUUUCGGGGCCUUCUUCGGACUUCUUUGAGUCCACGCUCGGGAGUUCUGUGUGUCUCGACUUGGAAGACCAAGGGGCUGCCUUUUCAGAUGUCUCUUUCUCUGACUUGUGCCCGCCAGUGGCGGCGCCGCACUCGCGGACGCACCACCGGCGCUUUUUCGAGCACGCGCUCUGGCGCCGGCGCGCCACGUCGCCCUGGGCCGGCUCCGACCCCGUUGGCGCCCAACUAGCGAACGCCUCGGCGCUUGCAUGCGCGUCCGCGUUUACGCCUGCGGCCGCGGGCUCGGUCUGGGCCGUGCCGGCGUGGCUGCCGCAGCUAUCGCCCUCGGGGUGGGUCCACGGAGUCCCCAGAGACAGUGCAGAGGGUGGGGACAAAAGAGGUUUCUCCAGGCGCGAAGCAGGCUCUGCGUCACCUCCGCCGAACCGCGCCUCGCGCCGCUGGUGGUGGGUGCUCGGCGCGAAGACGAGCGGGAAGAACCGAGCCCAAUCCCUCGAAGGUUCCGGCUCGGGGGCCCGCAGGGGCGGGCCUCCACACCCGGCGCUGUCGAUAGAGCCGCGCAGACAUAAGGGGAGACCAUCGUGGUGGAAAAGCUCUCGCGAGGCGAGUCUCGGGGCAGUGGGCGAGGAGGCGCCGAAUGCGAGAGGAGGCUCGUGGGAAGAGGAGCGACAUCGAACGGAGCGCGAGUGGCUCUGCGACAGUGGAGCCCUAACAGACGUCGAAGCCUGUUUCGACGUCGGGCGGCGCCGUGGACGGUCGAAAGAAGAGAGACACGCUGCGCGGCACCGCGAAGAGCACGAAGGCAGUCUGGUGAUGUUGAAUGGUGAGCUCACCGGAGAACGGGUCCCGACUCCAGCUCGAAGAAACAAGCCUUCGUCUUCAUCUCUCAGCCCACGAAAAAAACGCCCCUCCGGAUUCUCCAUCUUCUCGGCUUUCGGGCGCGCAACGGGCCUCGUCAGCACCCCAGACGCCGACACCCAGCAACGAGCGGCGCAGUGGAACUGGCUGACUCGCCACAGCUGGAUUCGCUUUUCCAUCGUCGAGAACGUCCACUGCGCAAUGCAUGAGCCGAAACAAGGAGUCCAAGGUCGUGCAGCCAGAGAGGCAGAUGAAUCCUCCAUCGUGGGAGAUGUAUACGUCACCGUCUGUCUUCCAAAGAUGAUGGAGGUUUCUGCGCCGCUGGCGUUCGCAAGAACCGAGUCUCUCCCUGACGUGUACGUACACCCUACGGCUCGGCUCAGCAACAGCGCUGUCGAUCUCCUCAGCUGCGCUUCUGCGAUGCCUCCCGCGCGCCGGGGGGUUGGCGCCGAGCCUGGAGAACAGGAAGGUGACCGGGACAAGACCACUGUCUCCUUCUCUUCGGCUAAGGGCCAAGAGGCCCGCAGUGUGCUUGAAAGACACGCACUGCCGCCUCUCGUCGUCAGUUGCGUCCCUCCGCUUGGAGUGCACUCUUACCUCCUCUGUAAAUACCGCUUCGGCAGCCUUCCUUUCUACCCUAUGAAAGCGCUCUACCAAGUCAAGGAAAUCCGUCCUGGCGUCUUGCGCCUGCUGCUCCAGCUGCAGAUCCAUCCGGGAGUCGUGGGCAGACUGCAUGCGUGCUCGCUCUGGAUUCCCUUCGGCCACAAAGGCAGGAUCGAGUCUCAUGAUUUGAAGGCCUCUCAGGGAACGUUUCGCAUCGUCAGCGGCCAACAGGCCGUUCUCUGGACCCUGCCCAAGCACCUGAAAUCGACGCCAGUUGUCUCAGGGUCGCAUGCAGCGGCGAAAGACUCAGCAGGCGCUUCUCCGAGUGCAGCUGCUCCUGGAGGGAAGGAAGAGGCGAAGGCGCCGCCGUCCGGCCGUCCUCAGGUGUCUCUUCUCGGAGAGCUGAUCCUUGCCUCACAUUCCUCCUCGACGGACCGCGAAGCCGGGAACGCCUACGCGGGCUCCAAGGCUUCGUCCGCCUGGAGUGAGAGGUUUCCUCUGUCGACUCGACGGCGCCGAAGAGCCGGACGGCUGCCUUCGGAUUCCCAGCACGCGUCCGGAGGGUCUCUUCGGCCCGCCGGCUGUGGAGACACGUUGGGCGCUUCUUUUGAUCCUCACAUUCUGGGCCGGAGCGGGGCGGACUCAGGAGGGCUUCUUGGAGCCCAAGGCGGCGGGGCUGCAGGCGCAUCGGCAGGGCCUUUUCGCGCCUGCUCGGCUCCCACUCCUCAGGAGAGUGCCUCGCGGUGGCGGCGAGACAACCUGAUUGCUGCAGCGGGUGCCGAGGAGCGUCUCCCGCUUGCCGUGCGGCGCUUCUUGGCAGACGAAGUCGAGCGCGAAGAGGCGGAGACCUGCCGAUUUGCGAGCGACCAGGAGCCACCAGUCGGGACCGGGCCUGGGGACUCGGGCCCAGGCGCCGAAAGCCUCGACCGCGCCCAAGGGCUGAGCGGCCCGAGAGGAGGCGCCUGUGGCACCUCCGGUUCGGGGGAAGAGAGACGGGCCAAUUCGAACUUCGCCCCAGGGGACAAACGCGUCGAGAACGUAUGUACAAAUGCAGUGCAUGCAGAGAAGAAGCCCUUGCGAGCCGGACAGGCCCCCGGCGGCGGCGCCAGGGACCCAGGUGUCGGCGGUGACGAGGGGACAUCUUUGCCGUUGCCGGACCGAGUUGAAGGGUCUGGAGCUUCCGCGAAGCUGCGAGUGAGAAGUGAAGGUGGACGCAGCCGAGGUACACGCCCUGAUGAAGAGUGGCGUCACGCCGGCAGAAGCUUCGGGCCCUCUACACUUUUCGCAGGAGACAGCGGCUCCCCGUAUCGGCCCGGGGUGACCCCUCAAGGCCCGCUGGGGUCUUCUGGAGCCGGGAACGACGGCGCUUCCAGCCGGGGCGCAACCGCGGUCGGACAUGGCCGUCCAGGGGGCGGCGUCUCUGGCGCCGGGUUUCGGGAGCGAGAGCCUCAUGCAAGUCUCGGGAGCAGUGUCAAAGGCCGUUCUUUCGGCUCGCCUCAGAACUCUGGAGUGGGGAGGGGCGGAGUGUACGCGACGAGUCGCACCGAGCGAAGUGGCGGCGGUCUUCUGACCGAUCGCGAAGAGUUGAUUCUCCAGGAAGGCGUCAACAACUUUCUAGCUCUCAUUCACUUCGAAGUGAAAAGCAUGACGCUUUCUGGGGCGACCAUUGACAAAGAAGCGGUCACGCUGUAUCCCUACCAGCACCUCGAACUCGCUCCGCCUGUGCACUGGAGCCCUGAGGUAGACGGAAGCUCGGCCGGGGCUUCGGGCUCGGGUCCAGGAGGCGCGGGGUCGCUUGGCGACCGCGAGAAACUCAAGGGGGCACCUGCGUGGAUUCGAUCUAGUGGCGGAAGUGGAGACGACGCAGGAUGCUCCAUCUCGGUCUUCAAGCGAACGAUUGCUGGACGAUACGUCGUAUGGAACGCGCUCGGAGACAACAAAGCCUCGAGGGUGAAUCUUUCCUUCGACGAGGUCGAGACAGAAAAGGAAGCGGACGCGUGUAGCAGCGAGUUUUCCACGCACACCAGUGGACCUCGUGGCUCUUCUAAUCACCCCGGUGGGUUCCGCUUCGCGGCGAGCGCGAUGCCGGCGUUUCCUUCAACUGUAGCGAGUCUCCAGGCGCUCGCGUCCGAACACGAAGGCUCGGCUUCUCUCCGAGGGGAAACCGAAGAGGGAACGACGGUCUCCCACACACCCGCCUUUCCCGAUGCCGACGUCCGAGUCGACAAAAGUCUUUCAGGCCAAUAUUCAGAGCCAGUUAGGAUUUCUGGAGCGGCAGCAGCAGAACGGGAACCGGGUGUACAUACAGGCUGUCCAUCGAGCACUGCAGGGUCAGAUGGCUGUCCGUCGCCGUAUUCUCAAAUUGACGGCGACAAAGUCGAGGCCAAAGCAGACGUGCGAUGAGUGCCGGGUCUCUAAGGGAUUUGACUGCAUGCGAGAACAGCGUACCCUUCCGCGAGAGUGCAAUGCUGCCGUUGGCGCCUGCCAGACGCGAACGCAAAGACAGAGAAGUCAAUUCACGUCGGGGUGUGCCAGCGCGCUCUGCUGUAGUGCAGUCUGCUCUGUGGGACAAUGUACGCGUUUCUUUUAGGUUGUGAAGACGUGGAGUGAAGCUCAGAUUCAUGUUUUCGAAAAACACUGGUCAAACGUGACCCAGCAGGUUUUUGUAAAGCAG